UUUGGCAUGCAGGCAGGAGGCAGCCUGGGAUCGAACCACCGACCUUCUGAUUAGUGGCUGACCUGCUCUGCCACCUGAGCUACAGCCACCCCAACUAGCACGCAAUAAGUGCUAGCACUCCACCGUCUUGUUUAAAAGUGGUUAAAGCCAUAAGGUGAAAUUCGAUGCUUCAAAUUGGGUCUUCACAAACCAGAGAUGACGCCAUGGCAACUGCGUCCAUAUUUUAUAUACAGCUUAUAGUAUUGACCAUCUAGCGAUGUAUUUCAAUCAUUUAGACAUCCAAAUGGCAAAGUUGUCUAGUUAUUUUGAAAAAAAAUAGCGUUUUAGUGUAUUUUUUAUUUACCUCUUCUGUUAAUCAUCUUACAACUGUUUGAGAGCUUUGAAACCAUCACAGCUACAUUGAUAUUCUCUUGCACAUCUGGCAUCUUUUUGGCUCCCCUCUUUUUAUAGACUAUUGAUUUUCUCUUUGUGUUUCAUUUGUGUUUGUUUUGCCUCAAACUGCCUGAAGCAAUAAUGCGUGUUUCCCUGAAUUCUCUGACUCACUGCUGAUCUCUGUGCCCCUCUCUCCUCCUUUCUCCUUUCCCUCCCUCAAGUUUCCAUCUUUGUUCAGAAGGGAGGUCUGCUGUCACUCAAGGCUGUCAUGUGCAGAAAAAGUUGCCUAGCAACAACAUAGAGGGAUGCAGAGCUGCUGUUUACUCUCCACCCGCUCACCUCAUGUGCCCACUACCCCCUUCUCUUUCGCUGUCUUCCCCUGUUGUAUAGAUGGAGUGUUAUGGAUGGUGGAGGCGGCAGCGCAGCCUCUGGCUCUUUGGUGAAUUUGGACAACAGAUACAGAAUAAACUGAGAGAAGGUGGAGCGAGGGAAAGGAGAGGAGGCGGGGAGAUGGUAGGGGAGUAGUGACAUUCAAGAGAUGAUGUGUCUGCCUGUUGCCUGCCAGCUGCUAUUCCUGCCUUCCUCUCAGCAGGGGAAACUGGCCAUUUUCCUUACAGUACCCUCUGUACAUAACUAAAAGAGAAACUUGUGCUCCCACAGCCUGCUGUUAUCAGCCAGACUAAAAAUACUGAGAAGCAAGUGUAUCACAUGCCUGGCUAUCGUCACACGCUCAUGAAAAGAGGCUCAAUCUCAGCAGAUACAGGUACCUUUGAUUCUCUAUGGGUUAUUAAAUGUUCCCUGGUGGAAGCAAUCAGGCAAACCCCUUUGUUAACUUGUUUACUGUAAUUAUAUAGCAAGGCUCAAUGGGUUCCUCACGGCCAUGCUGAGGAAAGCUGCAAGUUGGCUGUGGAAUGACACGAGUCACACUCAAGGUUACUGAGAAUCAAAAUGCUUCACAGACACAAAUAAUCUCAGUGUCGAAUUAGUAUUUUUAUCCAUCGAGUCGUUUUAUGAACGCUCCAAAGCUUUUGACAUCAAUAUGACGAAAAGGGUUGAUAUUAAGUUGUUAGUGCUGCUGCUGUAUAGACAGCUUUAUUUAGCCCAACCUUUUUUGUUUAUUUUUAACCACGCCUAGCUUAACAAAACAAAUCCUACCCUUGCUCUGCCAUAGGUAUGAUAUAGUCUGGGCUGUUUUAUUUUAUUUAAAUUUUAUUUUAUUUUUUAGUUGGCUUUUAUUCACUUUCUUUUAUGUAAAGUGGCAUACAUGGUGUAGAUGCCCUGUCUGAGACCAGAAGGAAACACAAGCCCAGACUCAAGGAUACACAAGCUGGUGUGUUCCAAGUGUUCGCCCUAAUAAAUCGGAUGUUUUGUUUCAAAUCAAAUGUGCAGCUCCAACCACUGUGGUAACACCUGGAAAACACCUUUUUUUCUUAGCUUCUCUGGAGAAAAAGCUAGCAAAAUUAUUUCCUUUAAAACUUCAUUAGGUGUGUAAUAUAUUAAGUUAUUAGCUACAAGUGGAAGAAUGCUUCGCUUGUCUUUAAAUCUACGUAAAGAGUUGAAAAAGUUUAUGAGAUUAACUCAGGAAAUCAACAGUUUCGACCAGAUUGCAAUUUUCUACAGGAAUUAGUGUUUGAAUAAAAUAUAUUGCACCUUAUUGAUGGAAAAAAAAGUGUCUCUUCUGCCACUAAAACUACAUUAUUUCGUUAUAUUUCAGCUCAUUCAGAAUGGACCAGAUGGCCACUAGCUUAGACCCCAAUUUUCAGUAUAUUUCCUUAAAUGAGUCCAAAUUCUUUCUGGAGUGUUUGAAACAUGAGCUUAGAAAAGAUGUUAUUUUAGUGUUUUGUGAAUGUAUGCUGUUCUGCAUGCGUAUCCGCUUGUGUAAUGACUACCUUCACUAUGUAAAUUACCCAUCAAACGCGUCCGUCAGUGUGCAAACGAGCAGCGUUUGUGGGAUUGUGCGUUUCUCCACAGGCCCUGCUUGCACAUGUGUGUAGGCUGAUGAAUAGUUUGUCUGUUUGCUGGGAUGCAGUGACAAGAACUCUUAAGUGUUACCUCCUGUGGGCUUCCCACUCUUCAAAUAAAACUCUUUCCUUCCCCUCAACUCAAAUCAAAGCUGAGAACCUGCCUGCAGAGGCUGGAUCAAAGGAAGACUGUGGCACAAAGACUUGUACCCUCUGCCAUUCAUUCAACUUGAUUAAAGUCUGUCAUUUCCUGCUAUUAACACGUUCCUACCUCCAACCAUAAACUGAGCAAAGCCGUUAUCAGGAAGUGGCUAGAGUUGUCACUAUGUUUGGGUCCUUUCAAUUAAAUCCCCUGAAGCUUAAUUAUGUAACAUUAUAUGCUCUUUCUGUAGCCUUCCUGUGUCUCGGGAAGGCUGACUUUUUGAGAAAUAAUAGUUUCAGUUACAUAAACAUAUUUACAAAUAGUCGGUUGUAGUUACUAAAAAGGCACAAGUUCAGUUUUUAAGCCACUCUUCUGCAGCAGUACUGUCCUCAGUGGUGUAGGUCACAGUUAUUGCUCUCCACACCCAUAUUUCAGCCACUCCUUUACAGAUUUCCAACCAGCCUCCUUCACUAAAUCCAUAUUAGAGCCUUGACACAGCAAGCUGACCACGGGUGACUCUCAUCAACAAACACUUAAUGGCAGCCUAAUGUCGAAAGUGAAAAUUACAGUGCCAUAUGCAACUUUUUUUUUUAAUGGACUACCAACUUGGCAGGCACAGAGAAGUGAUCAUCUGUAGUGUUCACUGUGCAACUUUUAUGAGAUGAUAUGAAGCAGCACAUAAGUUAAUCUUUGUUGGUUGGUGUGUGUGUGUUUGUGCACGGGAGAGUGUGUAAACCUUAAAACCACAGCUGUUUGCUUCAAAACACCAGAGAGGGGUGUCCUGCAGAGUUCUGUUUUCAUACAUUUCUCUUCCUUUCUUGCUCUGAAGACCAUCAUAACCUCACCCCUCCCUGCCUCCCCUCGUGUCUGGUUGCUGCAGUCUCUGCUGCUGAUGGGAAAAAGUAUGCAGUGCUUAGCAUAUGGCAUGUGGAUAGAGGGAUUAUCAUUUUUGGAAAAAAAGAAAAAACCAUGCCUCCUCCUGGGCCUUUCUCCGCUUAUCUCUGUGUUUAAGGUGGUCGUGGUUGCUGCUAGCUCUGUCUGCCAGACAGACCUUUGUACCAAGCUGUAGUUCAUAAGAGAGAAUGGAUAAGUGGAUUCCUGCAUCUCCCAUCACUCCAAAUGUCAGCCAUCAUGAGGAACUUGGAAGGUCACAGGCUUGAUCUGGGGAUCUUUUCCUGGGAACAAUAGCUAACCCCCCCAAUUUUUCUUUUCUUCUUUUUUCCCUUCCAUUCUUGUCCUUCCUGUCAGCCCGAGAAGCUCUGAAUGUCACGGUCCAUUCCCUGCCCCCAACCACCAACACCAACACUCAGCAUUGCUCCCCACCCCAACUCUUAGCCAACACAGCCACCUACUUUCCCUUACAUAUGCUAAUGCUGCAGCCUCAUUCAGCUGUUGGUGGCUUUGUCACAGGGGGGAGGGCUGUGUGCAUUAAGGGGCAGCUGUAUGCAUUUCACUAAAUUGACUCCAAAUAGCUGCCAGACUUGUCCUGAUUUUACUCUCUCCUUCUCUUCUUUAUACCUUUCUCCAUUUUUCUUUCCAAGCUAGCUGUUAGUAAAGGAGCAAAAGGAAGGUGCUGCAGUUUAUUUUUCGAGGCUUUCUGCCGUGGAGUGUGUCGGGUUCCUCUCUUUCUUUGUGUGCUUUUGGGUGGCUUGUGCUCAACAAGUGGCUGAUGGAUUUAAUGCACUUGGAUAGCAUCUCCACAGUGAGCUCAUUACCACAGUAGCUCACAGGUCUCUGUUCUUAGAAUUUAUGGCUCUGAUGAAAAAGGACUCUAUUAAUCAGAUCUACCACCUCCAGCUGUCGUUAUUCAUUGGCGACACGCUGUGAGAGAAGGCUCCGCUCUGCUGUGCUACGGCUCGCCCCACUCACUCGUCCUUGACGCCCAAAUGCUGUUUGCCAAUUGUCAUGCCACCCGUCCUCUGUGAGUUAUGACGGCUGCUUCGUUGACUCAGGAAAAAGGCUGCUCCUUGGCUCACCAGUGAGCAAGUCGCAUGAUGAAGGAGGGUCCUGGAAGUCUGCUCUUCAAGGAAUCUGCCAGCAGGAUAUGAGUAUUUUGAGCCCUGUGACAGCUAACAAAUCUAACCUUGUGGGAAUUGUGGGAGGCCCAGAAGAAUACUCCAGAGUCAUGCAGUCAGAGGAGCUAUUCAGCAGGAAGCUCAAAGCCUUGAGCGAUAGCAUGGGACCUCCAGCCUCCAGCAUGCAGGGGAAACCUGAUGGUGCAGGCAAAACAAAUGGUACUCCGGCAAUGCCUAAAAUGGGUGUCAGGGCCAGGGUCACAGAAUGGCCGCCAAGAAAAGACGGAUGGGACGGUCGGCCUUCGCCUAACUAUCAGAGUGUGAUACCCGUGUUUCAGAACGGCCAGCAGGAACACACUGUGGAAAUACUAGACCAAGGUGAAGCAGUCUGUCUGGAGGUGGACUACACUGACAAAUACACGCUGAGUGACUUUCUCUGCCACUCUCCGCUGAAGGGUCUGCACCCUAUCCGUCAGCGGAGCAACAGUGACGUUACCAUAAGUGACAUCGACUCUGAAGACGUAAUGGACCAGAAUGCCGUCAACCCAAACACUGGAGCCUCGCUGCACCGCGAGUACGGCAGCACAUCUUCCAUCGACCGCCAGGGCUUGACUGGGGAUGGCUUCUUCACCAUGCUUAAGGGCUACCGAGUUGAAACCCUGGACCACCGCAGUAUACCCCCUCUGGGUUUCCCCGAGUUGCUGCGCUGUGAUGCCUCGCUGUCCCCCAGCUUGCAGACAGCAGCACAAAUUGCAAGGGGUGAGAUAGUCCACAUUCCAGGCUAUGACUACAUUGACAGCUCCCUACUCUACAGCCGGGAACGGGAGAAGUCCUUCAUGAGACGUCUUAAAUCGGAGUCGUCAGAAACAUCACUGUUCAGGAAACUUCGGCCCAUAAAGAGUGAAAGUGACGCGCUGCGGCUCUCAAUCGAGGACGACCGGCGACCGCUCAGCUUCCAAAAAUGCUUCGCCCACUACGAUGUGCAGAGUGUGCUUUUUAACAUCAGCGAGGCGGUGGCGAGCAGAGCUAACCUGAGCCAGAGGAAAAACACUACUACCGGUGCCUCGGCCGCCUCAGCUGGAGCCGUAGCUGGUGGAGUGUCCGUAGUUGGAGGCGGUGCUGGACCUGGAGCAGGAGCCGAUGGUGGAGCAGCAGGAUGCAACAGUGCCAAUACCCCCAUGUUUGAGUCUCCACUGGGCAGCAGAGAGGACUUGAACCCAAAGGAGAACCUGGAUGCAGACGAGGGGGACGGGAAGAGCAACAGCUUGGUGCUGAGUUGCCCGCACUUUCGCAAUGAGAUUGGUGGCGAGAGCGAGAGGAAGAUCUCCCUCUCCAGAGCCAACAGUGUCAACUACAGCGGUUUGUCAGAGAGCUGCUCUUUCGAGUCGUCCCUAAGUUCACACUGCACCAACGCAGGAGUUUCUGUGCUGGAGGUGCCUCGAGAAAACCAGCCAAUCCACAGGGAAAAGGUCAAACGCUACAUCAUCGAGCACAUUGACCUUGGAGCAUACUACUACCACAAAUUCUUCUACGGGAGAGAGCAUCAGAAUUAUUUCGGUGUAGACGACCAUCUUGGACCCGUGGCAGUCAGCAUCCGCAGGGAGAAGCUAGACGAUGGAAGGGAUAAGGAAGGGACGCAGUACAACUAUCGGGUCACCUUUAGAACCAGUCAGCUGACCACCCUCCGUGGUGCCAUCCUGGAGGAUGCCAUUCCAUCCACGGCGAGACACGGGACGGCCCGCGGGCUGCCGCUCAAAGAAGUACUUGAAUACGUCAUCCCUGAGCUGAAUAUCCAGUGUCUGAGGCUGGCCAUGAACUCUCCCAAAGUCGCGGAACAGCUCCUCAAGCUGGAUGAGCAAGGGCUAAGCUUCCAGCACAAGGUGGGAGUACUCUACUGCAAGGCUGGCCAGAGCACAGAGGAAGAGAUGUACAACAACGAGAGUGCCGGCCCAGCGCUGGAUGAGUUCUUGGAUCUGCUUGGUCAGAGGGUGCGCCUCAAAGGCUUCACCAAGUACAGAGCUCAGCUGGAUAACAAGACGGACUCCACAGGCACGCACUCUCUUUACACUACCUAUAAAGACUACGAGCUGAUGUUUCACGUGUCCACCAUGCUCCCCUACACACCCAACAACCGGCAGCAGUUGCUAAGGAAGAGGCACAUUGGCAAUGACAUUGUCACCAUAGUGUUUCAGGAGCCCGGGGCCCUUCCUUUCACUCCAAAAAACAUCCGCUCUCAUUUCCAGCAUGUGUUUGUCAUUGUCAAAGUCCACAACCCGUGCACUGAUAACGUCUGCUACAGUGUGGCUGUGUCCAGAUCUAAAGACGUGCCUCCAUUUGGCCCCCCUAUUCCCAAGUCUGUAACUUUUCCAAAGUCUGCGGUUUUCAGGGACUUCCUGCUUGCCAAGGUCAUCAACGGGGAGAACGCAGCACACAAGUCGGAGAAGUUUCGGGCCAUGGCGACUCGUACGCGGCAGGAGUACCUGAAGGACCUAGCCGAGAACUUCGUCAGCACGGCCACUAUCGACUCAGCUGUCAAAUUCAGCUUCAUCAGCCUCGGAGGCAAGAAGAAGGAGAAGGUGAAACCCAGGAAGGACGCGCAUCUGUUCAGCGUGGGAGCGAUCACCUGGAGCGUCCGUGCCCGGGACUUUGGCCAGUCGCUGGACUUUGACUGCUUGCUUGGUAUAUCCAAUGAGUUCAUUGUGCUCAUUGAGGAGGAAUCAAAAAAUGUGAUCUUCAACUGUUCGUGCCGCGACGUCAUCGGGUGGACCUCAGGGAUUAUGAGCAUUAAGAUUUUCUAUGAACGGGGCGAGUGUGUCAUGCUGUCUGCUCACGACAACUGCGGAGAAGACAUCCGGGAGAUGGUGCAGAGACUAGAGAUCGCCACCAGAGGGUGCGAAACCACGGAGAUGACACUUCGCCGGAAUGGCCUCGGCCAGCUCGGCUUCCACGUCAAUUUCGAGGGCAUCGUAGCCGACGUGGAGCCCUUUGGUUUCGCCUGGAAGGCAGGACUGAGACAGGGCAGCAGAUUGGUGGAGAUCUGCAAGGUGGCCGUUGCUACCCUCACUCACGAGCAGAUGAUUGACCUGCUGCGCACCUCAGUCACCGUCAAAGUGGUUAUAAUUCAACCUUAUGAAGAUGGCACUCCCCGAAGGGGCUGCUCCGAGCUCUACCGCAUACCUAUGGUGGAGUACAAGGUGGACAGCGAGGGUACGCCGUGCGAGUACAAGACGCCCUUCAGGAGAAAUACCACCUGGCAUCGGGUGCCCACGGCUGCCGGAGCGCUAUCCCGAGGCUCGCCCACUCAGGGCCCCGACCGCUUGCAGUGUCAGCAGAUCCUCCAGCAGCACCAGGCAGCUAUCCCGCGAAGCACCUCCUUUGACAGGAAGUUGCCAGAUGGUUCCAGAACUGUGCAGGAUAUGGAGAAUCCCCAGGUCACCUCAUGUAACAAGGGAGACCAGCACUACCGCAGUUCCCCCAGCAACCAGUCGUCCUCCAGUGAUCCAGGGCCCUGUGGCAGCAGCACAUGGUCCCAGCAGCCUGGAUAUGAUGGGUGUCCCUCCCCUAUCCUGCAUGAGCGGGUAGGGGACAUCCAGGGAGGGGAUGGAGAGAUCCACAGAGAGAGAGAGCCCACCCUGGAGAGGACUAGGUCUGCAGAGGCCAAAUGGCACAUCCCCUCCACCAAGAUCUUGAACCCUCUGAAGCAAAGAGAAGGAGGAAAGGACUCGCCCAACAAGCUGUCCAGGGCGGGUGAUAAAAACUCAAGCCACUCAAGUAGCAACACUCUUUCAAGCAACGCCUCCAGCAACAGUGACGAUAAGCACUUUGGCUCUGGGGACCUGAUGGACCCCGAGAUGCUCGGCCUCACGUACAUCAAAGGCGCAUCCACUGACAGCGGCAUAGACACUAAUCCCUGCGUGGCCCCCGGGGCCCGAGUGUUGCUGCAGGGAAGAGUCGGGGAGCAGGGACACCCGUGGGUGUCGGAGCACCACGAGGAUGGAGCGUCGGAAGAGGAUCAUGGGAAAAUGUACCUACCGCAGGGCUAUGCUUCUGCCAUUUUGUCUAGCCAUGUGACAGAGGGCAGUAUCGGGGACCUGAGCGAGAUCUCGUCCCACUCCAGUGGCUCACACCACUCUGGCAGUCCCCUGGCCCGUGGUGCCAGAUACUGUAUGUCUGCUGACUCCUCCAAGGUGUACACCAUCCCCCAGACCAGCAGCUCAGGGCCAGAGCUGGUACAGGGGUCCGGGCUUGGGCCCGGCUCAGAGGCUUGUGGACAGGCACGCACACAGUCCAGUUGCAAAUUCACAGUGGGCGCGAAGGCGACUGAUGAUGAUGAUGAUGAUGCCGCCCACAGCACUGAGGAACCUCCCAACAUUUCAGAGUGUGGAGGAGCGGAAAGCUUGUUAACCUUCCUUCUCACAAUGCUGUCUGAGCGUUCAAGGCAGUUGUACGCACAAGAGGCCGCAUGCCGGCUCCAGGCCACUGAGCGGGAUGGAAAAUCUCUGCAGAGACUCUCGAAAGAGGAAUACGUUAAAAUGAUGCUGCCCGACAGCCCACCAGGAGAAGACAGGAGUCGCAAGGUAUCAGCAGUGGACAGCUUGUCCCCCAGACGCUCGCUGUACCGAACGCUGUCCGACGAGAGCGUGUCCAGUAACCGGAAAGGCUCGUCGUACGCCAGCUCGCACAGCUCCAUGCUGGACCAAGCCAUGCCUAACGACAUCCUAUUCAGCACCACCCCACCUUACCACAGCACGCUGCCGCCUCGCAUGAUCCACAACCAGGGCGCGUCCAACCUGCGGAAUGAGUUUUGGUUCUCUGACGGCUCCUUGGCGGACAGGUCCAAGUUCAGCGACCCGGGCCUCAUGCCCCUCCCUGACACUGCCUCUGGGCUGGACUGGUCUCACCUGGUUGAUGCAGCACGAGCCUUCGAAGACCAGCGCGUGGCGUCCUUCUGCACCAUGACUGACAUGCAGCGGGUCGAGGCUCUGCAGAUCUCGAGAGAGCUGACCAGACGGGUGGUGGAGGCGGAAGGAGCGGCGCUGGGAGCAGACUCCCCCUCCACGCUCACUGGCAAAGUCAACCAGUUAGAGGUGAUCCUGAGGCAGCUGCAGCACGACCUCAGAAAGGAGAAAGAGGAUAAGGCGAUGCUACAGGAAGAGGUGCAGCACCUGAGACAGGACAACAUGCGACUGCAGGAGGAGAGCCAGACCGCAGCGGCGCAGCUCAGGAAGUUCACAGAGUGGUUCUUUCACACCAUCGACAAGAAACCCUAAGACACAGAGCGAGAGAGGGAGAGAGAAAGCAUGAUGGCCUUUAUUCCUCACGGGCACCCACUCUACUCCUACUUAAGACUCCCAGAUGAUCCACAGGCAAACAAACUAUAAAACAAACCAUUACCAGCCCCCAAGAGUAAUCAAGAUGCUUUCAAACAACCCCAUGUUUAGGAGACUAUCGUGCAGUCCUGGGUGAGAAACCUGAAACCCCGAUCUGGACUUUUACUUUUGGGAUCGUCCUCUGUCUGAAGCGCAGGGUCGUGUCUGAUUUAACUGGUGAACGAGGCUCUUGGGGAAACACCACCCCCACCUCCAUCUCCAGCACUAAAGAGGAAUCAAGAAAGACGACCCAGGGCCCCGCCUGUCCACGGGAUCUUCUUACAGUAGAGGAAUGUAAAGCUCAUUUACUGUAGUGAACAUAUAAUCUACCUACCUACGUAUGUCGCAUCGGUCUACUGUACUGUAUACUCAGCCGUACUGUAUCAUACUGCACACACUGUCACACAGCUGUUUCUGUGCCGGCCGUCACGGACACAGGAAAGUAUAGAGGGGCGAGGCGAGAGGGAGGAGGGGAGGAAUGUACUGGACAUAAUGAAGUGGUACUUACUGUCUGCUUGCACCAAGAGGAAUCCACAUGUGGCGCUCUUGAAACGUACGGCGGGGAGGGGGGGAAAUGAAUGUAGCUCAACUGAGAUCUUUUUUUUCUUUCUUCUCCUGCUUUCCGGUUUCCAAAGUCGCAAAAGUUUUGAGGUUUGCUGUUUUUCAGACUUUUUGUUUCUUUGUUUUUGUUUUGUUUCUGAUGAAUUCCACAUUUUCCUUUCCUCUGUGUUGUAAUGUAGGGUCACAUGGCAGUAAUUUUGAUGUUUUAAAGGUGCUUUUCCCUACGCACAUUUGUCACUAGUUUCCCUUCACUGUCACAAUGUCCUAGCAAUAACAAAGUGGUAGUUACAAAACUGUGUUUUGUUUUGUUUUUAUUUAAAUUUUUUGUUUUUUAAAAGAAGUUACCACAAGCGUGAAGAGUUCCUGUCGAGUCGCAGUUGUAUUUGACGUGUAUUUAUGAAACGAGGAAGAGACUGUGCCUAAAACUCUUGGUUGUCGGUGGAUUGUUUCUCUUUGCUUUUAGUCCUUUUUGUAAACACACGCCUUGUCUGUGGCUCACUGAUAGAAAAAAAAAAUGUGUGUGUGUCAGAGAGAGAGAGGUUAUUUGAGUGUGUGUGUGUGUGUGUGUAGUUUAUCACAGGAAAAUGUGUUCUUAUGCAGUGGUUUCUAGAGCAUUAGAGCAAGCGCCAGUGAACCACACUUACAAUGCCAAAUGUGUUUAUUUUCUGUACAUACCUGCCACAGAAGUGUCUUGUAUUUAACACUAUUAUUUAAGCUUAUUUAACCUAAAGUUGUUUAUUUUAUUAAAGGUAUUUGUUUUGUUUUGUUUUUUGUUUUUUCUCCACUAAGGAGAGAUGAAGCUCUGUGUAUGUUGUAAAGUGUGUAGCUUGCCGGGGCAAAAAAAAAAGAAAAACAACAACAAAACUAUAUAUUUAAAUAUAUAAAUGAUGAUUUUGGAGAUUCCAACAUUUGGAUGCUGCUAGAUUAACAGUUUGCUGGUUUGUAUGCUUUUAAAAACUGUCUCUCUCCAUGAACUGUCUCAUCCCUGGUGAGACAUUGGGCGCUUUUUUUUGUUUGUUUUUGUUUUUUUUAAAUAAAUGUAGUUGUAAAAAUAAGUCUUUUGUGCUUCGUCAGUCUUUCUUCUCCCAGCCUCGGUACCAAAGCAGCGAUUUGAGUUUUUUCAGUCUGGUUCACUGCUACUGCUGUUUGAAGUCUGUUUCAAAGAAAUGGUUUCAGGAAAUAAGAGAAACUUAUUCAGCCUCUUGCCAGGGGUUAGAUGAGAAGAUGCAUGCCACCUAUUUACAGUCAAAGAAAGUUUUCACACGACUCUCUGCAGUCCUGUGAACAGCUAAGCACACUGCAUGACUCAGUAGUUUGCUGCCAAAGGUGCUUCUACAACAACGUGAAGUGCUCAUUCUGUAUGCUCGCCUGUGUGACUGAUGGAAGUCGCUUCAGUUCACUGAGGUUAACAGGCAGUCAUGUAUGCACAGCUCUCUUAAAGUCCCACCACAGCAUUUCAGUCAGACUCUGGUUGGACUUCGACUAGGCCGUGCAACACCUUGAUUUUUUUUCUUUUUGUUUAGCCACUCUCCUGUACCUUUAGUGGUGUGCUUGGGAUGAUUGUGUAGAAUAAUUUGGUAUGCAGAGGAGUUUGUUGUCGACUCAAUGAUCGUAAUGUGCAUCAGUCCUGUAGCUGCAAAGUGAGUCCAAAUCAUCAUCUUUCUACCACCAUGCUUGACAGUUGGUAUGAGGUGUUUUUACUGAUUUGCUGCGUUUGGUUUUUCCCAAACGUGGUGCUGUGCCGACAUCUCUAGUUUGGUCUCGUCUGUCCAAAGGUCAUUUUUCCAGAAAGCUUGUAACUUAUUCAGAUGCACUUUUGCAAACCUAAACUGUGUUGUCAUGUCCUUUUUAGUUAGGAGAAGCUUUCUUUUGGAAAAACCUUUUGGGGGGGGGGAAGGAUUGCCAUGAACUUUAAGAUUUAACAUGCUAACUGAGGCCUGUAGCGUCUGAGAUGUAGCUCUUGGGUUUUUAGUUUCUUUGAGCAUAGCAUGGUCCUUGGGAUGAAUUUGACUCCCAGACUAUCAUAGUGUUAACACACACUUAGUAUAGUAUUAAAUUAUGUACGAAGCUCUCUACGUGGAUCUAUGUUCAGAUCAUGAAAAUCAUUAUUUACAUGUAUGCUGCAUGUAAGUAAUAAUGGUUGUGUUGCAUCACCUUUUUCAACAACACUAAGUAAGAGUUUAGGAACUGAAGAGACACAUUUUGUAUGUUGAAAAGUAAAAUGUUUCUGUAUUUCUUGCUUGGAAAAAGGGGUUCAGCAGCUCAGGGUUUUGUUUUUUUUCUUAUUUGAUGUACUUUUUUCUUUCUUAAUGGGCCAAAUGUUUGAGGUGGCUGACAGGUCGACACCACUGACUGCUCUGGUCUGACUGCUGGAUCAUGUUUUGUAUUUGUAUUGUUCUUCACAACAGAUCCAACCGUGAAAUAUUCCUGAGUCAGUGCAAAAAAUUCUACUUAACAAUUGGGUCUCAUCAUCAUGGCCAUUCACUAUUGGCUAUUGUGCUCGGUGUCAGAAAUUCUCAGGUUUCUCUUAAUCGUUUCAUGUUAUCAUUUCUUGUAGAUGAUGAAAUCCUGUGAUUACUAUUAUUAUUUAUCUAUAAGCAUACAUAUUUAUGUUAAGAACAUUUAUUCUCCGAUUGUUCAGUUGUUUCCCAUGCACUGAUGAACCCCACAAGUAACUUGCAUAAUUUAACCAGUUGCUUAAAAAAACGACAACAACAAUUUUAAAAAGUGCAGCUAGAUGUACGUACCUCCUUUUGUG